GUUGCAAUUUGUUGCUUUUCAGACCCGAUUUGUUGCUUUUGAUUGUGAUGGCAAACAUUAGAGGGCUCUCGCAGCUGGCAGUUCUCUUUCUCUCGUGUGUGAUGGCCGUGAUCAGUUUCUGGUGCACGAACUGGAUACGAAUUGAGAACCCAGUCAACACAGGCGAAGUGAAAUUUGGUUUGCUGAAAAAAUGCGACCGACUGCACCUGCGAGAGGAGUACUGCUCGUACUUGGAUGACAGGCCGGUGGAGUGGUGGAUCACCUCUGUCCUCAUCGGCAUGUCGGCCAUCCUCCAGGGCUUCGCCUUCCUCUUCACUCUUCCCCGCGUAGUGAGACGCUGGUCCAGAAUCAACAACAACACCUGUCUCAGCCGCCUCUGUGUCGUCUGCUCGGCCUUGUCUCUCGUUCUAAACUCAGUGUCUGUCGUGCUAUUCCCCGCUGGCUUUUACAUGGACGCUAUAGGAGGCGAGAAGUUUAAACUCCCCGACAAUGUUUCGUUCGGAUGGACCUAUUGGGUGUUCUACAUGUCGUCAUUGCUGACAAUUGGCCAUUUCAUAACAGUCGUUUUCUCAGAAUGUUAAUGAGAGUUGCCGCCAUUAAAACAGAUGCUUCUUCUCUAAAUUUUCUCAUUCAAAAAGCCAAAACUGAGACGCAAUUUGAACAGUUUUGAUUCUAUAUGUCUUUCUUCUCUUACUUUCACCACUUUUCUAGGUACUGCUAAGCUAGCUAAUUGUUCCGACUUACUUCACGAAAGUAACGGAAUGUUUGUGCUCGGGGUGAUUUUUUUCAGACAAAUUUGGACUUUUUAAUUAGCCGUUUUUGACGGAAUUUUUUCAUAUCAUUUAAAAGGUAUUAUUGCCCUGAGCUUAAAUUUGGAAAGAUAUUGCACCUGUGAUCAUUUUUUGUAAAGUUAUGGGGGUUUAAAGAGGCCAUUUGGGACAAUUAUGCACGCACGAUAUAUUUCGCGCGAUUAACGCGUAAGCGGUGAUUUAGUCCAUCUUAGAAAUCCUUCCAAAUUGCUUGAAGGAAGCUUAUUUGCCAUAAUGGAUUUGUUACUAGGAGCGAAGUCUAUCAUUUUGUACCUUAUAUGGCGUGUGGGGGGAUGAUUUUCACCUAAAAUCUCAAAUUAAAAAAAGUUCGUUUUAUGUAUUACAUUUAUUUUUUUUUCAUGCUAUUACUGCUCUAUAGAUCUUACAAGGCUGUCGGAGCAUUAAGGGCUUCGCACUGAUACGAGCAGUCUUGUUAGAAUAUAGUAUUUAUUUAAAAAAAUAAUACACGAUUCGUUUGUAAAUAAGUUUGCUCUAUGCUGAUUUGGAGUUGACUGUCUGAAACUUCGUCUGAAUUGUUUUUGUAGAAUUUUAUACAUUGGCCUAAUUUAUUGCUUUCUACCAAUAAUGUUUUAUGCUGAGUUUUGAGUAAGAAUUUGUAGUUUAUUGUUUGAGGCUAUAGUUAGUGGCUACCAAUAAAAUUCUGAGAGCUUGCUGUUUAAGGUUACCAUGAAACGCGUUCUAUGCACUUUUGUUUUUUGCAUUAUAAUUCUACCCACAGCAUCAGUGUUGGAAGGCCGUGGAAGUAUUUUUGGAACUGAUUUCAAGAAAUUAAAGGAAUCAAAUUUCAUGUUCAAACGAGGUCAAAAUGAGGAAACUUCUGAGACGGUCCAAUGUGAAGUGAGGGAUCGAGUUGCGGACGAAUGUCAGAAAAAGUUGGAGGAAGCCUCUAAAAAUAUCACAGUUCUUCAGCGACAAUGUGAGAUCACAAGGAAUCCGGCCUUUAAAGAAGCCCCGUUCACUCGCCGAUUCAUACGCACUUUGUUGCCUCUUAAACAAAUGCCAAGCGCUAGCGACAUUAGUCUCGAAAGAUCGAUCACAUAUGAAGUAACUCUUUCCAUUUCAAAAGACCAGGUCAAGGAACUAAUUGAAUUCAUUGAUAGUCACGACAAUAAAAAACUUCAGGAUAUGCAAGAUGCCCUAAUUGAUGGUUUUAAAUACCUCAAAACUUCUGAUAAAAGCUCUAUCCGAUUAUUUUACGAAUAUUAUGCACCUGACUCACAUUUAUACCUAAUUACCGUUGUUAUAAUAUUGGCAAGUUCACUAUCCUGCUAUAAUUUGAUUCCCCGAUUAAUGAUGCUGCGAGCCAGUUGGAAGUCGACAUGUUUUAUGAUUAUCUGUUUUGACUUUCUAGUAGCAGUGUAUCGCACGUAUCUCGAAGAGCUGGCUACUGAUAUGAGUUUGAUGUCCACCAAUACCUGCAAUGAAAGCGAUAAACUGUCUGUCUUAAAUUGGAUCCUGGGAAAAGAUCCUUGCUUAGAAUUGAACAAAAUGCUUUUGAUAUCGCCAAUUUAUAGAGUUUCGUUAGCCAAAGUUUGGUCGAAAAUGGUAGGUGCUGUCGCGGUGGUCGGUGCAGAAGCAGCGGGGCAAAGUUUUCAAGCUUUUGCUACUAACAUAUCAUGGUACUUCGUUCCUUUUGCAUUAGGUUUCGCGCUCUUGGUGAUAUUUGUGUGGUUUGGAUUCAAAGUCAGAUUUAGAGGACCAUUUGUUGAAGUGGAAAUUAAUAACCAGAGACCUCAAAUCGCGCCUGAAAUAAGAGCAGGAAUCGAAGAUAUACCAAGGAUUCCGCCAACCGAGUUCCAAAGGGCUCAUUCUGAACCAGUUGCUCCAAUUUUGCCACAAAAUCCUGGUCAAGAUGAGAAUGUCAGAGAACCCUUUAGAUCCAUGCCUUCCGGAUCCGACGUCGAAGUUGUCGGACCUUCGGGUGAUGACGGGAUAAACCAUCGUCAAAGUCUAAGCGGAUCUGGCCUACCUAUGGAACGUUCUAAAGAACGACCAUGUGAAAAUUUGCCGCGGCCACGGCUUUCUGGGUAUAAAUGGCAAAUGACUGAUAUAGGAUGUCAGACUGAUGAUGAUGUUUCCGCUGCCAAUUGCGAAGACGGAGUGAGAAGCGAAGAUGUAGCAGUUGCAACUGAUGUUAUUUCUACGGACUCUGUUUCGGUGCAAACUGUCGACAUUGAAAUGAAUUACAAUAUUGUGAACUCUGCCAUGAACAAUCUGAACUCAUAACCUGCGGAAGCAUUUUUCUAUAAAAUUAGGGUUUGAUUAUUAAAAUUUUUGGAAAACUUAUUGAAAAGUAUAGUGUUUUCAAGUGCCAAUGAACUCACGGAAACCGAAGAAAUGAUAGAAUUUUUGAAAAUUUUCAACUUACAAUUUUCGGAGAGAAAAAUUUAUCAGAUCGAAGCUCCUUGACUUUCAAGAAUCUCUUUUUCUUGACUUUUCACUCAUUAAAUUAAUCUAAUUAGAGAAAACUUGGAACAUUAAUUAGAACAUUAAUCAAAUGAAUUGACCUUAGCAGUAAAGAAUCAAAUUCGAGCGUGAACAAUUUUUGAGACUUUCUUUUCCCAGCAAAACGGUAUGAAUGAAUGAUUAAUUGUCAAUUAUUUACUUCGUGCGAAUUUUUUCUGCAAAAGGUUAAUAAAGUUUGAAUUGAUUCUUGACUUUUUAUAUCAAUCGAAUUUGAUGUAGUGUGACUUUUAUUAUCUUUAGUGUUCAAUUCAAUUCAAUUCAUUUGCUAAAAGGAAGGCAAAUCAAGCUCUCCAAUAACGAAAAUGGAUAUGGCGCAAAAAGAAAAGGUGAUUAACUGUUUAUGUAGAAAAUGGCUUUUAAAGUUUUUGCAGCGGAGCAAAAAAUAAUGUUGAUCCAGUCUUAUCGCGUUAACUUUGUUUUAUGAAUAAAGUACCAGUCAUACGAAAAUUCUGAAAAUUCAAUGAGGUUCUGUGAUUUCGCUACAGUUCCAGGCUGUUUUUUGGCUAUGUUCAUCUAGAUAUUUUCUAAUUUAGAUUUUUCGAGUUCUG